UCCCAUAAAUCCCAAUGUCUUCACUGAUCACAACUAUGCACCAAGUAAUGCUACUUCAACUAUUGCUCGCUUGCCACCCUCAUUUCCUACUUCAGCUGGCCUGCAACCCUUCAUGGCUGAAAGUGGCAGCAGUUCUGGCUCUGAAAGUGAUAACAGCAGUUAUUAGCCCUUUGAAGAAGACAGAGACUCACCUGCAGAGGAUUCAGAUGACGGCAAACAGGAGAGAGAGCGGUUGAACAAUAAUGAUGUGGCAUCAAUCAUACACUCACCUAUUAAUAGCCAUGCAAUCACAACUCCCUUUUUUAGUGUCUCUCCUCACGUCUCUCCUU